AAACUGAGUAAUUUGAAAGGCGGGAGUAAGACAGACGAGGCAUCUCCACUCAGUGACAAGCUCGUCUUCAGCAAGGUAAAGCAAGGGUUGGGAGGAAAUGUAAGUUGCUGAAUGUUACGACGUUUUCUGCUUAACCUACGAUCUCAAGGCUGGAUGGAAAUGGCUCAACUUAUAUGUGGAAUGUGGAGGUUGCAGAACUUUGCUUGUCAGAUGCUCUUGUUGUCAUACUGUGAACCUGGCACCAGCAGCUGCUUUCAUUCGGAUUUUUUCUUGCGGAAGUGAAGAUCAUGGAUCCAACUGGGGAUAAGGGCUAUCAAAACUUCUUGAUGGAUGCUGCUGCGAAUACAAUAGGACCCAAGAGAUCUUUUUCAAAGGUUGGGGUUGGUGGUCACAUUUUUUUUUUAUUUGUAAUUAUUAUAUGUAAAGCUGUAGAGAUUUUCCCCCUUGCAUAUAUUUCUUCGUUUGGGCUCUGUUGGGCUGUAAUUUGGGCUGUAAUUUAUUAUGGGCUCGCUUGGCUCUAAUUUAUUUUAGGGUCGUUUGUACUCUAAGGCCCGUUUGCACUUUGUUCUUUUUUUGGUGAAAACUUUUGGGUUUUGUCUUGACUUUGCAGCAAGAAUACAGAUUGCAAUGAGUUCCUAUAUACAAUUAAUCACAUUUUCUUUA